CCCUUUGUCCCGUUCCUCUAUCCGGAUUUGAACGACAAGCUCGAGGCAAACCGCGAGCCGGAGGAGACGGAGCUGGAAAUUUUGUCGACUCUGUGUGUGCCGGAAACUGCAGCUGGUGCGGUGGGUUCUAGUUCUUCGGGUAGUAGAACAACCGCCGUUCUCCAGCCGCCGUGCUACAUGGACUCGCUGCUGAUGUGUUGCCACCUGCUAAUCCAGAAAUCCGACCAGACGCGGGAUUUGUGCGGAAAAUUGUGUGAGGCAGACCCGGAUACACACCAGAUCCAGGUACAGAAUGUGAACGUGUACUUGAUCAUUUUUUUUUUAGGAUUUUUCUCGAGCAUCAUUUUUUUGAAAAACCAAUACCAAAAUCUGAAACCAAUUCUCGAUAAAAAUAAAAAACAGAUGUACCACACUCGCAUGUCCCCCGGGCAGAUUCGUGCCUUCUGCGUGGGCCGGUACAUGAAGGGGCGUAGGAUGUUGCUGCUGAAAAACGUGCGGUUUCACAACUCGACUGAGGAAAACAAGAUCAUGGACCGGGUGGUCCAGGGGUUGGAGAUGCGCG